AUGUCUGGUCGUGGCAAGGGUGGCAAGGGUCUGGGAAAAGGCGGAGCAAAACGUCACCGUAAAGUGCUUCGUGACAACAUCCAGGGUAUCACCAAACCGGCAAUUCGGAGACUGGCGAGACGAGGCGGAGUAAAAAGAAUUAGCGGGCUGAUAUAUGAAGAGACGAGAGGGGUACUCAAGAUUUUCUUGGAAAAUGUGAUUCGCGAUGCAGUGACUUAUACUGAGCACGCUAGAAGGAAGACGGUGACUGCUAUGGAUGUUGUUUAUGCUUUGAAGAGACAAGGACGAACUUUGUACGGUUUUGGUGGUUGA